GCGAGAAAUGCGAACCCGUUUUACGCUGCGGUUGCGGCUUAGCUCGGGGAGUCGCGCGGCGCAAUACUUACCUAUAACCGAGAACGCCGUGAGUGCAUUACGAGUACGCUUCGUUCUUCCAUUACGCGAUGUCUUCUUCGGAGACGACCGCGUUGACCAGCGACGUCGACAAGCCAGCCCCGGCUUACUACGUGCACGAUUCGGUGCCAUUUCAUUCUCAUCGAAGGAGUCGUCGUACGCGACUGCGAUGUCUCGGGUACACGCUCGCCGUAGCGAUCUUCACCAUGGCUCUGAUAGUGACAGUGAGUUACUCCGUGAGUCACGACAUCGCGGACCUCGAACCGAGUCUCACCAACAGGAACAGCACCGGCACGGACGUCGGUGCCGCGAAUCUGACUAUGCUUCGACUAGGCUUCGCUCCCGGAUCCGGUUCGUACACUUCUUUCAGUAAUGGGAACGGCGUCGUACGCGCUCCCGGUAAUACCUUUCCGUCGUCCGCGAACGCGGAAUUGACGGAGGACGAGACGGAAGAGGCUCUGGAAGCGGGCCGACGAGCGAUGGACGCGCGCGUCUUUGCAGACACAGCCGCGUUGAUCUCGCCGCUUCCGCCCUCGUCGCCGGAGCUCAGGCAUCGGUACGCGGUGAGCACCUGCGUCAGCGUCGGUGCGCUGGCUCUGGCAGCCACAGCCGAACUCGCGGCCACCAAAAAGAUAGAAUCCGCGAGAACUGCCCUGGGCGAGGCUUCCGCGUUCGGCAGCUUCUUCGAUGGCGGCUGGGGAUCUCUGGGCGUUUGCAAACAUCGAAGCGCACCAGAAUGUCCCACAAAUAAAUAUAGAACUUUCGACGGGAGUUGCAACAGGCCUAUGCAACUGGGAGCCGCUAUGACACCGUUCAGAAGAUCGUUGCCACCGGAUUACGCGGACGGUGUUCAAGUUCCGCGUCGAUCGGUUUUGGGUGUCGAGUUACCUUCCGCGAGGGAAAUCAGCCUGAAGGUUCACAAACCUUCGCCGAGCAGCAAUCCCCGUUUCACGGUGAUGCUCGCGGUGUACGGUCAGUUUCUGGAUCACGACAUCACCGCGACGGCGAUCAGUCAAGGAAUAAAUGGAACCUCGAUCUCCUGCUGUCCACCGUCCGUCGGUCAUCCCGAGUGUUUCCCGGUUCCCAUUUCUUCCGGCGACCCCGUUUUCGACGUCACCGGCAGAACUUGCAUGGAGUUCGUCCGAUCGGCACCGGCUCCCCAAUGCAUGCUUGGACCCAGACAGCAACUCAAUCAGGUAACUGCGUUCAUCGACGGGUCGACGGUGUACGGAUCCGACGCGGGCACGGCUCGAGAUCUUCGCGAGUUCGUCGGUGGCCGUCUGAGGAUGCAACUGACGCCGGACGGUCGAAGCUUGCUGCCGCCAAGUAAGAAUCCUAACGACGGUUGCAACCGGGAUGUCGAGAAAGCGAGGGGUAGAUACUGUUUUUCGGCUGGUGACGCUCGAGCCAACGAGAAUCUCCACCUGACGACGAUGCAUCUGCUCUGGGCGCGGCAGCACAACCGAAUCGUCGAGCAACUGGCCGAGAUCAACCCUUUCUGGGACGAUCAGACCUUGUACGAAGAGGCUCGACGCGUGGUCGGCGCUCAAUUGCAACACAUCACCUACCGGGAGUUCCUGCCCGUCGUCUUAGGGGAUCGAGAAACGAAUUUACGCGAUCUGCGACCCCUCCCGACCGGUUACAGGCAAUGGAUCGAGGAUCCGAAGAACGAUCCGAGCAUAGCGAAUGAGUUCGCGGCUGCUGCCUUCAGAUUCGCUCACACUCUGCUACCAGGUUUAAUGAAGAUGACCGACGAGCAGAAAGGAACCACGUCUUACGUCGAGCUGCACAGAAUGCUGUUCAACCCGUAUAUGUUGUAUGGAGAGACCGGAGUCCGGGAUUCGAUCGCCUCCGCAACCGGAAACACGAUACAGAUGACGUCCGCUCACGUCACUUCUCAGUUAACGAAUCAUCUUUUCGAGGAUCCCGUCGGGAACGUCACGAUCCCCUGUGGCCUGGACCUCGUGUCGCUGAACAUUCAACGCGGAAGGGACCACGGUCUUCCCGGUUACACCAAAUGGAGGGAGUAUUGCGGGCUCGGAAAGGUCGAAACCUUUUCCGAUUUGGCGGGAUAUCUGGAUCCGCAGACGUUACAGGAUAUCUCGUCGCUGUACUCGUCUGUCCACGACGUCGACUUGUACACUGGAGCCUUGGCCGAGUUGCCGGACGCGUCCGGUGGUAUAGUCGGACCGACGUUCUCCUGUCUGAUCGCCGAUCAGUUCGUUCGAUUACAGAAGGGCGAUAGAUUUUGGUACGAGUUAUCCGGUCAACCGCAUUCAUUCACCGAAGAGCAGCUCGUGGAAUUACGUAAAUCGUCGCUGGCGAGAUUGAUCUGCGACUGUUCCAAGGGGAUAACGCAAACGCAGGCCGAAGUGAUGAGAACGAUCGGUCCGGACAAUCCCGUGAUGCCCUGCGAGGAUAUCCCCGCGCCGUCCUUCGAACCGUGGAAAGACGAUGUCGUGCCUAAAUUGCGAGCACCUUUCGCCCCGGUGAACUGGACCGCGUUUAAGAGUAACAUCAACGAGACGAUUAAAAACAUCGUUGAUUAUAUAAACGGCACUCGAUCGACGGCCACGCUGGACACGGACUGGUUGGCCUUCAAGGAUUAUAUAAACAAUACGUUUUCCGAUCUCAGAAAUCAACUUUCUGGUUUACAUCCACCGGCGACACCGAUAGAGAAGACGUCCAUGACCUACGAUAAAGAUAGUUUUAUCUUGAGAGCGACCGAGCCACCGGCGAAGACCGUCUACCAGGAUUGGCUCGCGUUUCGAAGCGAUCUGAUGAAGUCGCUUAACGAUUCUAUUGAAUCUAUAUUGGGAGGCGGCAGCGGCGGUGGACCAGCCGCAACAGCAGGCGACUGGAUCGCUUUUAAGCGUGACAUCGUGGAUCGAUUCGCGGAUCUCAAGAAUCAGAUAGCCUCCGCGAAGGCGGACGUCGUUCCGAAACUGAAGGCCAUGAAGGUCGAUCGAAUGGAAUCAAUGGAUGCGACCACUCCGAUAUCAGCGAUCUUCGACUGGAAGAACUUUAAAGACAACGUUAUAUCCUCUUUGGACGACGCGAUCUCUAAUAUAGGCGGAAACAUGCCUCCCCCGGGUGAUCCAGCUUGGGCCACUUUCGGAGAUGACAUCAAGGAUCGUUUCUCCGCUUUCAGGGAUAAAGUAAAUGCUGAAAGACCCACUACGGAGAUUCCUGUCGAAAUGGCAGCAGGAGGAAAUUUUGCUGACUCGCAGUUGUCAAACUUGACCAGCGAUUGGUUGAACUUCCGAGCUCAAAUCAAUGAGUUCUUGGUGAAAACUGUCGGAGAUAUCGAGCAGAAGAAACCGGCGACGACGAGCAUCGAUCCUGCAGCUUGGUACGCUUUCCAGUACUCCACCGCGAACGAUUUUGCGAAAUUAAAGGACGAAAUCGCGAAAAUCAGAGCGGAAUGGCUAGCGAAAAUGGGAGGGACGACGACAAAACCGAUUCUACGGGCAGCCGCGUCAAAAAAAGCUGAGAAUUCAGCGAAGUUCGAUUACUCGAAAUAUAUCCCUCCUAUCAUUCCUCCGGACGAAUGGAUCAAUUUUAAGAAACAGAUCAACGACACCGUGACGAACAUCUUGAAUCGCGCGAAUGCUACAGGCAAAUUUGAUUUCGACGAGGCGCGUCGGACGUUCAAUGAGUCUUUUAUCGAUCUAAGCAACGAGCUGUCGUCUUUGAGAAGUUUAAUCGCGAGCGCUUAUGCCAAUAAAACCGCGGCUGAUUGGAUCGGUUUUCGAACGCAGCUGAACUCCACGGUUCAGAAUAUGCUCGAUGAUCUGAAGAACGAGGAUCAAGUAGCUGCCGGGAACACGUUACGGAUCCUGUUCCGAGCCAGGGACGAGCUCGUCGGGCUCGAACAACCGGCGGAUCUCGACCCGGCAGAGUGGACUCCGUAUGCCAAGAGAAUGAACGAAACGAUUUCGGCAGCUCUGAGAGCUGUCAAACUCAGCAGCGCAAAACGCGAAACGUUGAAGAUGGGAGUCGACGAACCGGCAUCAUCGUCGUCCCGAAGCUAUCCUGAAAUGUUCACUGUUCUGCCAAUCGUUUGUCUUCUAGCGGUAGCUGCUCACGACGCGUUCGCCAACGAGCUGGCAUCGAGUAUCCGACUUCGUCCGGUUUGAAACGAUGUCGUUUGCUACAUCUUUAUUUUAUGUAUUGUAUAUACGCUACGCUGUUUAUAACGAACUCUUACCUUUUACAUGUUAAUCGAAAAUAAUAAAAUACUAAUCGAGUCUGAUCA